AUGACUACCCCCAAUUUCAACUUUCAAGAAUUGCACGAUUUCCUAUUCGAACCCUCUACUACUGCCGUGAAGAUGGAAUCUACCGCUUCUUCCUCUACUGCUAAGCAAUUCGACUUUGAACAAGUCUGGAAUGGCCUCAAUGGUGAGUUUCAACCUAGAAGAAAAUCAGAGUUUGUAGAAGCAUGUGAACUGAUUUUAGAAUACAACGCUCUAGUCAAUGCCAUUGAAAAGUCUUCUGCCUUAUCAGCAUCUGACAAUAUUCAUCAACAAUCAAAUUCAUUAUCUACCUUCAUUGGCGAUUUAACUCCUGCUGCUGCUGCUGUGGUAGCUGCUGAAUCUCCAAUGAUGAAUACUCCCUUCUUAGAUCAUUCUUGUAUGAAUACACCUUUUACACCUGCCUCUGUGUUUACUCCUAGCUUGGCUCACAUGCAGAAUUCACCUUUCUAUUCACCUUAUAUCAAUAAUAAUAUCAAUCAAUCUUUUGGUAAUAUUAAUACCAUUGAUAACCAAGAUGACGUUCAGGUCGCCAGCUAUUUGAAGAACGACAUAUCCUGGCAAGAUAACAGCAAUGGCACUCCUGCUAUCUCAACCGCCGACUUGUUUGCUCCCACUCCCACCAUCAACUCUUCUGAUGUCUCUCCCGAGUUGCUGAACACUCUUGAUACAUUCAAUGGUGACCCAUCUCAGUUAUUGCUGAAUAGCAUGAAUGACAAUGUGCAAACAACAGCCGCCACAUCCUGUCAUGACGAAUCCUCUGAUUUCCUCUUCCCUCCCCUUCCUUCCGACGACCAAGAUGUGUCCUUUUCUUACAACGCCAAUCCUACUCAAGACCUUGACGCCAGCAAUUUGUUUGAUGAUUGUUUUGACGACUGUUUCUUUGAUGAAGUCAACGUUGUCCCUGAAGUUGUGGUGCAUCAGCAACCUGCCAUUGAACAAAAGGAAAUUGUAUCAAAAAAACGCAAGAACAACGAUUCCAUUGUCAACAAGAACAAGCGCAUCAAGAUUGCCUCUAGCAAUGACCAAGACCAACGCAAGUUCGAAUGCGAUAUAUGCCAUGCUACAUUCAACCGUCGCUACAAUUUGGGUACUCACAUCAAGACUCACGACAAGAAUAGACGUAAAGACUUCCCUUGCAACUUAUGCCAAAAGUUUUUUGACCGUAAACACGACCUGACAAGACACAUCUCCACUGUGCACAAUGGUGAACGUGCUUAUGCCUGUGACCAAUGUCCAUCAACAUUCAGCAGAAAAGAUGCCAUGGUGAGACACCGUAUGCAAAAACAUAAUGUCACUGUUUAA